ACUCGUCCUACCUUCGCAUCAGAACUUUACUCUUGUUUUUUUCUAUUUCUUCAUACAGUACAGUACAGUACAGUCCAGUACAGUACAGUACAAAAAAAUGCUCGGUCGGCUUGCGUUGCUGCGACUCGGCUCAGCGGCUCAGACAGCUGCACGCAUCGGCGUUCCUCGACCACCACUUGUUCUACUUCCAUCCUCAUCCUCAUCCUCACCAUCCUCAUCAUCAUCCUCGUCAUCCUUCUCUCAAGUGCUGAUGCCGCGCGCAGGUCGAUCCAUGGCGACCUCAACAGCCACCAGCCAGGGGUCUGGCAGCAAGUCCAAGCAGCGCCACUGGCCAGCGUGGCUCGCGCCGUCCGCGAUCGUGUGCGCGGGCGUCGUGUACGUCCAGCACGAGCGCGCGCUGUUUGAGAACGAGCAAGCACGCCUGGUCGCAACCGAGGGCCCCGACGCAGUGCUCGCGUCAACCGAGGCGCAGCGCAGGCAGUCCGUCCAGGUCACCCUGCUCAGGACGCUGCCGACCCGCGCACUCUCACGCGUCUGGGGCGCAUUCCACGAGCUCGAGCUCCCCGUCUGGAUCAGGGCGCCAGUCUACAAGACGUACGCCGCCAUGUUUGGCUGCAACCUCGACGAAAUGGCUCAGAAGGAUCUCAGCGCCUACCCGAAUCUGAGCGCCUUCUUUAUGCGCCAUCUCGUCGAGAAUGCGCGUCCCAUUGCGUCGUCGCUCAUGGUCUCGCCGGCUGAUGGCAAGGUGCUCCACUUUGGCGUCGUGGACGAUGAUGUGAUUGAACAGGUCAAGGGCGUGCCGUACUCGCUGCAGCACUUUUUGGGCGAAACACCAAAGACAGAGCGGGCAGAUCGCACCGGCCACUCCAAGCCUGGCGACGCCAAGAAGCUCUUCCACAUCAUCAUUUACCUGGCUCCUGGUGACUACCACCGCUUCCAUUCCCCUGCCCAGUGGACUGCCACCAAGCGCAAGCACUUCCCUGGCGAACUCCUGUCUGUCGCUCCUGCCGUCGCCGAAAUCAUUGCUGGCCUGUUUGCCUUCAACGAACGUGUUGUACUGCUCGGCAAGUGGGCACAUGGAUUUUUCUCAUUCUCAGCAGUCGGUGCCUACAAUGUGGGCUCGAUUUUGAUCAACAUGGACAAGGACUUGAUGACCAAUCGCGGCACCAAGUACUCGCGUCAUACUGUGUUUGAUAAGGAAUUGGGCGCGAUUGCCGUGGGCAAAGGCGAGGAGAUUGGCACGUUCAAUCUUGGCUCGACCCUGAUUUUGAUUUUCGAAGCACCUGCUGAUUUCCAGUUCAGCGUGUCCAACGGCCAAAAGCUGCAGGUUGGCCAGCCCUUGGGAGAUGUCGUGUCCAAGGAGGCCAAGCCAUCGUCCUCGGGCCGUUUCUGGUGAUGGAUUGUUUUUGGUUGGACGGAUUUUGGGAUUUUGCGAUUGUUUGUUGUACAACAUUUUCCGCGAGCGCCUCUCCUCCAUCUCUGCCUGCACUGUCAAUGCGUGUCCAUGUUCCAUGACUGUAUUGCAGUCUGAGUCUUCUUCCAGUGAGCGUUUUCUUGCAUUGACAGACAGCAACCUCUUUCCACCGAUUUGACUGGGGUUUUGUUUUGAAUGCUUUCUUCCAAUGCACAAUCCCA